AUAAGACCUACAAAAUAGAGUUUUCCCGCUCAUUUUAUUCAUCUAUAUUUACGUAAAUGCCAUACAAUCCAAAUUCAAUAAUUCCGGAAAAAUCUGCAAACAAAUAUGUUAAUCAAUCUUCAGAUUCGAAAAACACGCAUUAAUUUUGAAAGUUUGUUUAUUUUGAUUGCAAAUUAAAUCCCUAAAAAUCUGCAAUAUUAUUCUUUUUCAAACGUAAUCUUCUUAAUUCUUAUUCUUAUUUAUUCAAACGUAAAUAGCAUUCAUACGAUUAUUUUCUUUUUACCAUUCUGCUCCAGACGAAUUCUGCUCCAUAGUAAUAUUUGCAAACGUAUUCUUCUUCAUUCUUCUUGAUUCUGCAACGCUUCAAAAAUUAUAAUAUCAGGUUAGUGUAUUAAAAUAUCAGCAUUACUAAUAUUUCUAACCUCUUAAUUGUCUGAUUUAACAGUUUCUAUCAUUUUUCAUUUUAUUAGUAAUGUUCUUCUUCUUCCUUUUGCUAAUUCUUCUUAAUCAUGUUCUUCUUCUACCUUUUCAGUUUAAAAGACGAAAUUAGUAAUAAAAAUGAGAACUUUAUUUUCUUUAAAAAAAACUGUUCUUCAAAGCUUUAACUAUUACAAUAUGUUUUUUUUGUUUUGCUGUUUCAUUUACUUUGAUUUGCUGUUAAUUUAAAAGGUUGCUAAUUUUCCUUACAAUUCUAUAAUGAUUAAAUUUAUUGCAGAAAAUGGAAUUCAUAUGCGAACCCAACUGAUUGAUGUUCCAAUCAUUUUUUUUUUAGUUCAUUCGCAUUUGAGUUGUUUGUCUCACCAAAUACGAAAUGAAUAUUAACCAUAAUCACCUUCGCAUCUUUAACCCCAAUCCAUACAACCUCAUAUGCGAAACCCAAUUUUGAUUUGUAUUACCAAAUGCGAACAUUUUUGCUUUUACACGUGAACUGCAUUUGACUCCAAUAUGCGAACAUCUUUAACCCCAAUCCAUACAACCUCAAAGCUUUAACUAUUACAAUAUGUUUUUUUUUGUUUUGCUGUUUCAUUUACUUUGAUUUGCUGUUAAUUUAAAAGGUUGCUAAUUUUCCUUACAAUUCUAUAAUGAUUAAAUUUAUUACAGAAAAUGGAAAUAGGAAAUAAGGUUUACCUAAAUAACAUUGACCAGAUAGAUGAAAAAUCGCAUAUCAAGGUUCGGGUGCUUAAAAUUUGGAACUUUGUCAGAAAUAAUAAAGUUUCUUCCAUUGAAAUGAUCAUCAUGGAUGAGGAGGGUACACAAUACCAAGCUCGUGUCUUCAAUCAGAAUUUCUCCAGAUUUCGUCAUCUUUUAAAGGAAGAUGAAAGUCCGGUCAAUGGAUUUAUGUUUGUUGACUUUAAUUCUAUCAUAGAACAAACAUGCCCAAAAGACACAUUCUUUGAUGUUAUUGGACAUAUCGUGUCAUUUAGGCCUCUUGAAACUUCAAAUCCAGUACCAUCCAAGCAUUAUAUAAAAGUCACUCUUAGCAACCUAGAUUCUGUACAUCUGAAGGUUACUAUUUUUGGAAGUCAAGCAUAUCAAAUUUCAGAAUACCUAAAAAAUAACCCGACUGUUAAUUUUGUUGUUAUCGUGAUGCAGUUUUUGAAGCUAAACAUUUGGAAUGGUCUUGGUGAAGCUAAAAGUCAUUUUGAAGUAACGAAAUUGUUCAUAAAUUCUGACAUUUAUGAAAUAAAUGAGUUUAAAAAUAAGUUGAAAUGUCAUGACAAUUUCGGUAUAACUGAAAAAAGCAUAACUACACUUCAAAGCUACUCUUCUUCAUAUACAGAUGACUUUAAGGGCAAUUUUCCAUUAAAAACAAUCUGUGAGAUCACCGAACCAAUUAAGGAAAUGAAGUUUUUAUUAGUUGCUUCCAUUGUUAAUAUAAGGCAGAAUCUACCAUGGUAUAUAAUUCCAAUUAACGUACAAGAUUGUACUGGAACCAUUGGAUUGACUCUUUUUGAUAGGGAAGCAAGGAGGUUGUUAAAUAUAAGUGCCUACGAGUUGAAAAAGAUACAUGAUGCGGCCGGAGACAGUGAUGCCCUAUUUCCAAUGCAACUUAAUGUGUUGAAAAACCGCAAGUUUGGUUUUGUUGUAGAUAUUACAGAAUACAAUGUCAACAACUAUAAUAACAUCUACACAGUUCUCAGAGUUACAGAAGAUAUGUCCAUUGUUUGUGAAUUGGAAAGUAAAAUAGAACUUAUGAGUAAUCAAUCUGUCUCCUUAAAUCAAGUUGCUUUGGAAUCCGAUGAUGUUGUACAGCCUGUUCAAAAGGAUGUGAUGUCACAAACAGACGAAAGUUUUACACCCUCAACAGUUGAUAAGUCAACCGCAACAAGUCCUUGCAAAAUAUCAGGUGAUUUGAAGCGCAACCUCCAAGAAAUUUAUGAUGUUGAUUCUGGAUAUGAUUUAAGUUCAACUAAGGCUAAAAGAAAGUCAACCGCAGAGGAAACUCCACUCUUGAUUCCAAAAAUUGAAAAGUGA